CGAAGCGCGCGGCCCCAGUCAGCCAAGAGUAGCUUCAGGUUGAGUCAUUUUCACGUACGAUCAGUCUGGUCGUGGAUUGUAGCCGCGAUGGAUCGAAGAGCUGACGCUAGGUCGUCGCUGUUACCGUUGUCGUGGUCGUGGUCAUCGUCAUCGUCGUUUUCCUCGACAGUGUCCCUCUGAUUAGCAAGAAAGAAAAGGAAACGAACACACACUCUCUCUCUAUCUCUCCAGGGAAAAAUAAACAUGGAGCUGGUUACUCGUGCAUCCUUGGAUUCACUGCAGGUGAUGGACGAUGGACGGGUCGUCUCGCCGAACAGUCUUGAUGAGUGGACCUGGUCCAGUUUGCGAAAACAGUUCAAAUACAAGAACCUAGAGAAGCUGUUCACGGUUUACCAGAGGAGGCUUCAGUAUGGUUAUCUGUCGCUCUUCGUUAUCCUACAAUUGGCCCUCGGAAGCACGUAUUGUCUGAUUCUGGUUACAAUGGUCAACAUUGAGAACUGUGUGCCAGACGUGGUGGUUUGUAGUGUGGUGAGCGCGUUACUAUGCCCGGUGAUCGCCCUCUCGUUCAGGUCGAAGAUCAUCGCGAGGAACACCUAUCUUCCGGUGAUGUUGUCCUGUUUGAUCGUGGUACUGUUGGUAAUCGGUGAUCUGGCUGUUCCUCUAUACUACACCCUCAUGUAUACCGACAACAUACCACCGAUAAGACCCGCGUAUGCAACGCACGCGCUCCUGGCCUGUUAUGUCUUCCUACCUCUCACAGAAAAUCUGCACGCUUUCAUACUCGGGAUCACGGCUACCAUAUGCUACCUGGCCACUCUCUCGUUAAUCACUUACAGAAACACGUUCGAUUAUACUACGAAGAUCAUUACGGAUACGAUAUACUUUGCCUGCGUGAAUGGCCUAGGACUGUAUUUCAGAUUUAUGAAUGAAGUUGUUAUCAGACGAUCGUUCCUUGAUCGUCGGAAAUGCGUGGAGUCAACGUUGCGGUUGAAUUAUGAAAAAGAUCAAGAAGAACAACUCACGCGAAGUAUAUUACCACAACAUAUAGCUGCAAACAUUAAGAAAGAUUUUAGGGACAUUUUUAAGUUCAUAGAGCAACACAAGAAACCACCGCCUAAAGGACGUGAUCUACGCGUCGAGAAGCACAACGAUGUAAGCAUCUUAUACGCUGAUGUGGUGAAUUUCUCUGGAUUAACUGUGACGUUACCAGUACGAAAAUUAGUCGAGACUUUGAAUGAUUUGUUCGGUAGUUUCGACGAGGCUUCCGAGAGACAUAAUGUUCUACGAAUCAAAUUCUUAGGUGAUUGUUACUAUUGCGUGAGUGGUAUACCAACUCCAAAUUCUCAGCACGCGAAAAGCUGUGUAGAUUUAGGCCUAGACAUGAUAAAGAUUAUCAAUGAAGUAAGAGCAAGAGUACGUCGUGAGAGUGGAGUGGACGUAAACAUGAGAAUUGGAGUUCACUCGGGCAACAUAAUAUCGGGGAUUCUGGGCGCCAACAAGUGGCAGUACGAUGUUUGGUCACGCGACGUCGUUAUAGCUAAUAAAAUGGAGCAAACAGGAAAACCCGGCAAGGUUCACAUUACACAGCAAACGUUGGAUCUGGUAGAUGCCAGGGAAUACGAUUGCGUUCCCGUCGAGUCCUUGAACGAUGAGGUUCUUAAGAAGUACGGAAUUCGAAGCUACCUGAUCACGCCGUCAAUUCCCGACUUGCCACCUAUGCAGAACAGCGAGAGCACCUUGACAGUCAUAACUCCGGAUCCCCCUCGGGUGGAUAAUAAGCAUUACGUGAGAUUCUACAACGUUAGAUCGACAAGUGUGAAUUCUGGCUCAAGAAACAGUAGACGGCUCACCGCCACUAUAAAUAAUCACGUUGAUGUGUUCGCCAGCACCUACAGACGACGUACACACUUUAUGGACUCCUGUUUGCGGGAUUAUCAUCUCAUGCUCAAAACCGCAGAUGCGGAGAUGGAGGAGGCUAUUAGGCAAAUGCCUCUCACUAAGUGGGAGCAAUGGUGCAAAUGGGAACACAUAAAUCCUGUGUUCUUAACGUUUCAACAGUGGAGUUGGGAGAUACCGUUUUUGAAGGAACCUGAUCCGCUUUUUAAGUUUUAUAUCAGUUCUGCGGUUUUUGUCCUGAUCUUUAUGGGACUGAUUUACCUAGUACCAACGCUUUCUCUUUCUGAGUGGCACUUGAGCACAACGAUUAGUUAUUCGGCAGCGUUGCUAUUUUUGAUCGCUUUACUGCCGAUAGCUUGGAUGCACUUUGCGUGGAACCGAUACAAAGACCCACACGAUGAACAGGAAGGGCACGUUCCCCACCCACGCAAUAAAUUAUUAUGUUUUCUGUAUCAAACCAGCGUAAAGGUUGUCUGGAGCGCAGUUCUCAGAACAGUUCUGUAUCUGGUAAUAACGAUAAUGUUAGCAGCUUGUGCCAUGUUUGACAUGAUUUUUGAGUGUAAAAAUGUGGAUGAGCAUGGAAGCAACAAUAUGACAUCUAGCGUAAUUGAACCGGGCGCUUCAGAAGUCGAAUGUGUGGCUACACCUUGGCAAAUGACGCAAACUUGUUCCUUGGCAAUUCUGACAAGUUUUCUGUUUCUGAGACUCCAUUAUUUCUUAAAGUUAGUGAUAGGCAUCGCGGUAGUGGCAUUUUAUUCGUGGAAUGUUUGGAUACAUCGUUCAAAUUUGUUUCAGUCAGGUGAGAGAUGGAAUCCAUACUUAGAGCCUAGAUUGGCUCACAUUUUAAGCGUAGUUUUCCUUACUUUUUCUUUACACUUGAUCGACCGUCAGGCAGAAUACUUGAGCAGAUUAGAUUAUUUAUGGAAGCGUCGAUUAACCAAAGAACAGGACGAAGCAUUCCACACAAGAAAUGCCAAUAAACUUUUGCUUCGUAACAUUUUACCAGAACAUGUUGCGGAGUUCUACUUAAACAUGAAUAGAACACAGGAGAACGAGCCUUAUCAUGAAGCCCAUAGCAACGUGGCCGUCAUGUUUGCUUCAUUGACGAAUGUAUCCAUUGAUGAAAGCCAAUAUGAUGAUGAAAACCAAACCAAUAUUCUGGCACACCUAAACGAGAUCAUAUGUGAUUUUGAUAAAUUGCUAUUCAAGCCGUGUUUCACUUGUCGAAUUGAAAAAAUAAAAAUUGCUGGCACCACAUACAUGGCAGCUUGUGGAUUAGACGCCAUUCGACGCGAUUCUAUGCGUAGCACGGAAAGUGAUGAAAAUUACACCGACGACGUGGUAAAGGUGAUGGCCAAGUUUGCGGCUGAGAUGAUGGCAGUGCUAGAUAAAUUAAACGCAAAAUCUGCAUCGGAACCUCAUAAAUUGAGAAUUGGAAUAUCACAUGGAGAAGUAACAGCAGGUGUAGUAGGUGCUCAAAAGCCAUUAUAUGAUAUUUGGGGAGAUGCUGUAAACAUGGCAUCAAGAAUGGACACUACCGGUGUUCCAGGAAAAAUACAGGUUACAUCGGAAACUGCGGCUGUUCUUGAACAGCAAGGUGUCAAGUGCCACCUUCGAGGAAAUACAUACGUUAAGCCGAAAGGUUUCGUCACAACGUAUUUCAUAGGUAUCGACAAGGGACGGCAGCUUGAGAGAGCGGAUUCCAUCGAGGAGACCAGUCUGUGAUUGACACGUUAAAUCGAUUUUGUGACAAAGUGAGAUAUUAGGUAUCUGGGUGAACACAUAGAAGGACGAAAGAGAAACCAAAGAAAAUUUGAAAGACCAAAGAAUCGAGACGAAGCGAUACUAUGUGGAAUACCUCAACUUAUUGAAUUGAGUUUGUAGUAAAGUAUGUUACCAAUCGUAUGUCGUGACCUCGAUUACCGACAGAGUGAUACGCACCAUUGUUAUAAAUCGAGAAACGAGUUUUAAUAGCAUCCUUUUACACAGAAGGAACCGAACAAGAUUUUGUAUGACCAGUACAUGUGUAAAAACAGCUUUAUACGUAUGCUGUGCAUUUUAAAAUAUCUUGUACUGACGUUUUUCAAUCUGUAAAGAUAUUAGUUUACGUGGAGAAUGUGGUUUUAUGUGAAAGUUCGUUACCGUAAUUAACGAACGUUAUUUGGU